GCCAUUCACUCUCACAAUCACAUCAACAUCACCAACAUCCAUCGCACUUCCAUCUGUGAUUCACUGUGCACAAGACGUGCUCGUCCCUGGUGUGCAAGUGUCGCGGUCACUGUGGGAAGCAAAAGACUCCCCGAGUGGUCCACGGUAUUGAGACAUGGCGCCCAAAGGCACAGCAGCAAAAAGGCUGCUUGCCGCAGCGGUACAAGUGCGCACUUACUCUGCGCCUGCAGACCGGUCCAUUCCUGCUGCCAAGCAGAAGUACGUUCCAACCUCGGGAACGUAUCCCAAGGGAUUCCUGGCUGGGAGUGCGUUCGCGGGAGUGAAAGCCAGCAAUACCAAGUACGACGAUCUCGCGCUGGUGGUAUCAGAAGAACCAUGUCCAGCCACCGCAGUCUUCACACAAAAUAUCUUCAAGGCAGCUCCCGUGCAAGUCUCGCAGAAAAUUUUAAGCGCUCGGCGCUCUCAGCUCUCUCAAGGAUUUCGAGGCGUAGUGGUGAAUUCGGGCUGUGCCAAUGCCGUGACUGGCGUCAGAGGUCGCGAGGAUGCCGAACACAUGGCUCGAGUGACCGAUUCUGCGUUCGGUAGCACAGGAGACUCAAAUGUGCCAUCGACACUGGUGAUGAGCACGGGGGUCAUUGGCCAGAAGCUACCUAUCGAAAAGAUCACAAAUGCCAUUCCGACGCUCAAAUCAAACAUCGGCAGCACACACGAGCAUUGGCUGAAUGCUGCGAACGCCAUCUGCACAACUGACACAUUCCCCAAGCUUCUCUCCCGACAGUUCACCCUCCCGUCCCACCCAGACACAACCUACUCGAUUGCGGGCAUGACCAAAGGCGCUGGCAUGAUCCAUCCAAACAUGGCCACCCUCCUGGCUAUCGUCUGCACCGACGCCAAGAUCGAUGGGGAAUCCAUGAAUCGACUCCUCAAAGCGACAGUCUCCCAAUCCUUCAACAGCAUUUCCAUUGAUGGCGAUACCAGCACAAAUGACACCCUCGCCUUCUUCGCCAACGGCGCUGCCGCCCCAGUUGGCUCAUCACCUAUCCAAUACUCUUCACCAAAGCGUGCCCCUGCCAGCGAAGGCGGCCGACGCCUUUCCGCAGAACCACAACCCGUCGACAUGAUCGCCUUGGAAAAGGUCCUCUCCUCAUUCCUCAAAGAUCUGGCCAAACUCGUCGUACGCGACGGUGAAGGCGCCACCAAAUUCGUGACCAUCCGCGUUCGAUCUGACGUAUCACUCAAUACAGCCAAACGCGCCGCCAUCAGCAUCGCCCGCUCAGCACUGGUGAAAACUGCCCUGUACGGCAAAGACGCCAAUUGGGGUCGAAUCCUCUGCGCUAUAGGGUAUGCACCCGGAAUCAUGUCCACCAAGGAAGUGAACACUCGUGACUUGAUGUCGGGUAUGAUGGGUCGAAUGAAAACGAAAACUCCCUAUGACAAAAUACCUCAAGUCACACCUGCAUGCACUUCGGUCUCAUUCAUUCCCACUGAUGGGACGAAGGAGCUGCAAUUAUUGGUGAGGGGCGAGCCACAAGACGUGGACGAGUUUCGUGCAAAGGAGAUUUUGGAAAUGGAAGAUUUGGAGAUUUUGGUACGAUUGGAAGAUCGGGAUGGCGACGUCGCUACUGAGCUCAACAAGCCCCAGAGGAAAGUUCACGAGGCCGUAUUCUGGACUUGUGAUUUCAGUCAUGAGUAUGUCACUAUCAACGGGGACUAUCGCACAUAAGUGAACAUGAACACAAGUCCUGUAUGUCCUCCGAAAAAAAAAGACGUGUGUCGGAAAGACUUAUUCCUCGCGAAAUGUCGACUACUUGUAUAAAUAGCAUGUAAAUGGUGGAGAAAUUACCUAUAUUCCU